AUGAGACAAAAAGAUGAUAAGACUUUCACUAUUGCAUUAAGUAAUAUUGCGAAAGGUACAAUGACGCUUGAUGAUAUUGAUUUAUUGAAGUCACAAAUUGUUUCAAACGAAAAUUUGGAAAUGAUGAGAGAUGUAAUAAGAAUAUUUCGAAGUAAUGCUGAAGUUGAUGCAUAUAAUACAAAAAUAUUGGCCAGUCUUAAUACUGAAGGUGCAAUCGCUAAUGCUUAUGAUUUUUGUGUUGGUGAUGGACUUGCAUCAAUAAGAGAAAAAGUUUUAAACAGCGUAAAGAAUCUGAAAACAACUGAAACAUACGGUUUACCACUUAAAAUUGAUUUGAAAGUGGACGCUAAGUAUAUGAUGACAGUGAAUAUUGACAUUGAAGAUGGAUUAGUAAAUGGCGCCUGUGGAAAAUUGAUAAUGAUUGAUUAUGGAAAACUUCAAAAGACAAAUGAGACAGUACCAUGUCGACUAUGGAUUAAAUUUAAUCUCAGUCUUACACCAAUUGAACCAGUAACACGGCAAAUAAAUACAAGAUCAACUAAUUUCAAAGUAGAACGUAAACAGUUUCCUCUAGUUCCUUGUGAAGCAAUGCCUAUAUAUAAAAGUCAAGGUGGUACUUAUGAAAAAGUCGUUGUCAAUCUAAAGAAAGGGAUGACACGAUCUGAAUUAUAUGUCUCUUGCAGUCGUGCAACAAAAUCAAGUGGUUUAUAUUUAAUUGGCGAUUUUGUUCCACCAAAACCACCUGAACCUAAUGAUGCAGUAGCGAUGAUGUUUAAAAACAUGAGAUCUGAGCGAAUGCUGAAAUUUUCACUUGAAUUUCCUGAAGAAUCUCAAGAAGAAAGAUUUUCUAUUAUGUUUCAUAAUGUACAAUCAUUGAAUAAACGUAUUUCAAAUAUUAAAUUUGACAAAACAUUUUUGUCUUCUUCCAUGAUAAGUCUUGUUGAAACAUGGACAAUACCAAGUGACAAUUUGGAAAUUGAAGGUUUCAAGAUAGUUCACAGGCGUGAUUGUGAUGAUGUACGAAAACCAUUUGGUCAAAUCAUUUAUUUAAAAAAUGAUUUGAAGUACGAAAAUAUCACCGAAAGAUAUGAAUAUUCAGGCAAAAACCAUAUUGAAUAUUCUUCAAUAAAAAUUGAUGAUAUUUGUAUAAUUUCCGUUUACAAUUCACCGAAUUCAUCAUUCGAUAUCUUAAAACGGCAUAUUAAUGAAGCUAUAACUAUUUCAAAAGGAUUUUGUGAAAAUACAAUUGUCGUUGGUGAUUUUAAUAUAAAUUUGAAGAUCAAAAUCAAUAACAAAUUUAUUGAAUAUAUGGAAUCAUUCGGACUUAAUUAG